AUGGCGAUGGUGCUGGUGCUGGUGGUGUUGGUGCUGGUCCCGAUGGUGGCAGUGCUGGUUUUGGUGGUGGCGAUGCUGGUGCUGGUGGUACUGGUGCUGGUGCUGGUAGUGCUGGAGCUGGUGGUACUGGUGCUGGUGCUGGUACUGGUGGUGGUGGCGCUAGUGCUGAUGGUGCUGGGAUUGGUGCUGGCGCUGGUGCUUGUGGUGCUGGUGUGCUUCCCGUUGCUGCCGGUGAGGAAGAAUGUCGAUGCCUUCUUCCCCCUGGCAAGAGUACUACGGCUGGACAAAGUGUCAGGAAAGGGACAGAGCAAAGGGCAAGAAGGUUGCCCAGCUUGCUUGCACUCAGGGGGACGGCCCAGGACCCCUGCUAUCACCAUCCUUCUGCAGACUUCCUGCACAGUUCUUAAGCGUCACAGGUCCAUGAAGCAGCCUCUGAGUUUGCCCCACCACUUCAUCCUGUGCCAAGCGGAAGCCAAAAAAGCAUGUGAAUGGCUUUGGGCAACAGGAUUCCCUCAGUAUGCUCAGCUUUUUGAAGGUAAAGCUUAUCACCUGGAUAUUGGCUCUGUGAAGAAGGACUACAGUUUUCUGGACCAGGACUCUCUGGGGGCCCUGUGCAGGAGGCUGAUGACCUUGAACAACUGUGCUUCGAUGAAGCUCGAGGUUCAUUUUCAAUGCAAACAGGAUGAAGACUCCGAAGAGGAAGAACAAUGCACCAUCAGCAGCCACUGGGCCUUUGAGCAGGAAAGCAAAUGUGGGUCCCCCAUGGGCUCUUCUGCCCUGCUGGCCCCACCAAGCCCCAGCCUUCUGGGGACCUCAAGCUGUGAAAGUGUCCUCACUGAGCUCAGUGCAGCCUCCCUGCCUGCCAUCUCUGUGAGCCUCUCACCAGAGUCAGCAGACCUGGCCUUGCUAGAUCGUGUCCCCAUCCCAAGUAACCAGCCCUUCCUUAGUCCCACCCAGGGCCAGGAGGCUGCUCAAGACAAAGCAAAGAAGCAUUAUUCUCGAAGCUUCCUCAAGCACCUUGAAUCUCUAAGGAGGAAGGAAAAGGGUGACAAUCGGCAAACAGAGCCUGAGCAAUGCCUGGCCACCUCGGAAAAGGCCACCAAGGCUUCAUCUUUCCGCAGUUGCCGUGGCUUUCUCUCAGCUGGAUUUUACAGGGCCAAGAACAGGGCCGCUACUUCAGCCCGAGGCAGAGAGGGUGAGACGCAGAAGGCCUGGGAGGCUUGGCCCAUAGCCACAUUCCGGCAUCCUCAACCUGUUCGCCGGCGUGACUGCCUGGUGCAUGUGCCUGGAGACCAUAAACCAGGCACAUUCCCUCGUUCUUUGUCCAUUGAAAGUCUUUGUCCAGAUGAUGGCCAUCACCUGGCAGAUUGGAAGCCAGGUAGGUGCUGGGGCUAUGAAGGGCGCCGGGGUUCCUGUGGUUCCACAGGCAGCCAUGCCAGCACUUACGACAACUUACCUGAGCUGUACCCAGCUGAGCCUUUCCAGGCCAAGGCUGAGGCUGGAGAUGAGGAGGGCGAAGGCAGCUAUGCCCAUCUAGAUGACAUCCUGGAGCAUCUGUGGGGGCUGCAGCAACGGGUAGAGCUCUGGUCUCAGACCAUGUACCCGGACCUGAGGCCUGGAGAUAAGGAAGAGGAAGAGGAGGAAGAGGAGGAAGCUGCUUCAUCCAUUGAAAUAGCCACAGCUGAGGUGGAAGGCCAGGAUGAAGAUCUAGCCCAGGCAGAGUCUCAAGUCCUCAGAGAGUUUCCACCCCAAGCCAAGGAGGAAGUCCCACUGAUAAUACUGGCUCAGGCCCCUGCUCUGGUAGAGCCAUUGGUACAGGCCGAGGCUACGGCUCCAGCCCAGGCCCAGGACCAUGAGCGAGAAGCAAACUUGGCUGUCGAGCCUGCUUCUGCCUCCAGCCUGUCUGCGGAAGAAGGACACUCCAUUUCUGACACUGCUGUUUCCUCCAGUGAACUUGACAGCAGUGGCAACUCCGUGAAUGAGGUAGAGGCUGCAGAAGCCCAGGCAGGACUCCAAGCAUCAGUGCCCCGCGAGCGACGUGAUUCAGGUGUUGGGGCCUCACUUACCAGACCAUGCAGGAAACUCCGCUGGCACAGCUUCCAGAACUCCCACCGCCCCAGCCUCAACUCAGAGUCUCUGGAAAUCAACCGGCAGUUUGCAGGCCAGAUCAACCUGCUUCACAAGGGCUCGCUGCUGCUGCUCACUGGCUUCAUGGAGAAGUACACUGUGCCCCACAAACAGGCCUGGGUCUGGUCAGUGCCCAAGUUUAUGAAAAGGAAUAAGACCCCAGACUACCGGGGGCUCCAUGUAUUUGGAGUACCACCCCUCAUUCAUGUGCAGCGCACCGGCCAGCCUCUGCCCCAAAGCAUCCAGCAAGCCAUGCGCUACCUACGGAGCCAGUGCCUAGAUCAGGUGGGCAUCUUCCGCAAGUCUGGGGUCAAGUCCAGGAUCCAGAGCCUGCGCCAAAUGAAUGAGACCUCCCCUGACAACGUCUGUUAUGAGGGCCAGUCGGCCUAUGACGUGGCUGACCUACUGAAGCAGUAUUUCCGGGAUCUUCCUGAGCCCAUUUUCACCAGCAAGCUCACCACCACUUUCCUGCAGAUCUAUCAGCUCCUCCCCAAAGAACAGUGGCUGGCAGCAGCGCAAGCUGCCACCUUGCUGCUCCCCGAUGAGAACCGAGAAGUGCUGCAGACCCUGCUCUACUUCCUAAGUGACAUUGCCUCUGCAGAGGAAAACCAGAUGACAGCUGGCAACCUAGCAGUGUGCCUGGCACCCUCCAUCUUCCACCUCAAUGUGUCCAAGAAGGAUAGCCCUUCUCCCAGGAUCAAAAGCAAACGCAGCCUGGUUGGUCGGCCGGGCCCCAGGGACUUGAGUGAGAACAUGGCUGCCACCCAGGGCCUAUCACACAUGAUCAGUGACUGCAAGAAACUUUUCCAGGUGCCCCAAGAUAUGGUGGUGCAACUGUGUGGUUCAUAUAGUGCAGCUGAACUCAGCCCCCCUGGACCAGCCCUGGCUGAGCUCAGGCAGGCACAGGCUGCUGGAGUGAGUCUCAGCCUUUACAUGGAGGAGAGUGUGCAGGAGCUGCUUUGGGAUGCUGCAGAACGCUUCAAGGGUUGGACCAAUGUGCCAGGGCCCCAGCACACAGAACUGGCUUGUAGGAAGGCACCAGACGGUCACCCCCUGCGGAUGUGGAAGGCAUCCACAGAAGUGGCUGCCCCUCCAGCUGUGGUGCUGCAUCGUGUCCUGCGAGAGCGGGCCCUGUGGGAUGAGGACCUACUGCGGGCCCAGGUGCUGGAAGCCCUGAUGCCAGGGGUGGAGCUGUACCACUACGUCACUGACAGCAUGGCACCCCAUCCUUGCCGAGACUUUGUGGUGCUCAGGAUGUGGCGCUCAGACCUGCCUCGUGGUGGAUGCCUCCUUGUCUCCCAGUCCCUGGAUCCUGAGCAACCCGUGCCAGAGUCUGGAGUGCGGGCCCUCAUGCUUACUUCCCAGUACCUCAUGGAGCCCUGUGGCCUUGGCCGCUCUCGCCUCACUCAUAUCUGCCGCGCUGACCUCAGGGGCCGUUCUCCUGACUGGUACAACAAAGUCUUCGGGCACUUGUGUGCCAUGGAAGUGGCAAAGAUCCGGGACUCUUUCCCCACACUUCAGGCAGCUGGCCCUGAAACCAAGUUGUGAGCCUUAGACUGGUGUUGCCUAGGCCUCUGCUACCAAAGAAAUGAAUGGGAAGAAGAACUGAGACACCCCUAGGGACAGAGCCAGGCCCAGGUGGCCAUCUGCCUGGCAGCUUACAUCCUAAUGCUAGUCUG